AUGGAGUUCGAAGAUGAGAUGUACUGCAAUGGCGCUGCUUCCUCGCGGUCUCGGUCUAACAGUCGCCCUCCACACCGGGCCCGCUGCCAGCCCCCGCAGGAAUCCGUCAAACAGUUCUGGGAACAAUUCAACACCAAGUACCCUGGUAAGGUGUACACGGUGUUGCCGGAUAAUCCUUAUGCUCGCACGCGCGCAAAGCGAGUGCCCAACGGUGUGAUUCGGGGCCAAGAGGCUGUGAAGUCGUAUGAGCAAGCGAAGCGCGAAUGCCAGAAGUCCGUUGACCGUAUUGUGAAGGAAUGUGAGCGGGUGAACCAGAAGUAUACGGAUCCUCAUUUUGAUAUCGAGGUGGAUCUGAAAUCUGGGCGGAAGGACUAUUUGCAUGGGUUGGAUGAGACGAAUGAGGAGAUGAGGCCUCGAGGAGUGAAGAGGGUGACGGAAAUCUUUGUCGAGCCUCAGUUCUUUAUCAAUGGGCCGACGGCAUCUGAUGUGCGCCAGGGCUGUGAUGGGGAUUGCUGGUUGAUGGCUGCGCUCUGUACGAUGGGUAACAAGGAGGAGUUGAUUGAGAAGAUCUGUGUUGCUCGAAAUCAGACUAUUGGAAUCUAUGGCUUUGUGUUCUAUCGCGAUGGAGAGUGGCAGCAAUGCAUUAUUGAUGAUAAACUAUAUCUUCGUGCGGCUGAUUACGACGAGUCGGUUGAUGAGCGUCCGCUUUGGGAUGAUAGCAUUGGCACGGAUGCUGAAGAAGAGUACCGCCGAGUCUGGCAGACGGGCUCUCGGGCGUUGUACUUUGCACAGUGUGUUGAUCCGAAUGAGACUUGGCUGCCUUUGCUGGAGAAGGCAUUUGCCAAAGCGCAUGGUGAUUAUUCAGCUAUUGAAGGUGGAUUUGUUGGUGAAGCUAUUGAAGAUUUGACCGGUGGUGUCACUUCGGAGAUUCUAUCGAACGAUAUUCUGGACAAAGAUCGGUUCUGGAAGGAGGAACUGAUGAAAGUCAACGAGGAGUUCUUAUUUGGUUGUGGAACAGGUCUCUUUUCCAAUUGGUUGGAUCCGAAGUACAAAGGCCCUCCACGAGACCGGAAGGGGAUUUCGGAGAACCAUUCUUACUCGAUCAUGGAAGCGCGAGAGAUCAAGGGCCAUCGUCUUCUUCGUCUGCGGAACCCCUGGGGAAAGAAAGAAUGGCACGGUGCCUGGGGUGAUGGAUCUGAGCAGUGGACUGCAGAGUGGAUGGAGCUUCUAGGCCACAAAUUUGGUAACGAUGGGUUCUUCUGGAUCUCUUAUAAAGAUCUUCUUCGGAAAUAUCAACACUUCGACCGCACUCGUCUUUUUGGGCCCGAGUGGACUAUCACACAACAAUGGACAACGUUGAAUGUUCCAUGGUCGGCGGAUUAUCACAGCACGAAAUUCAUAAUGAAUGUCACCCAAGGUGGCCCGGUCGUCAUUGUUCUUUCCCAGCUUGAUACCCGAUACUACAAGGGACUCGCCGGCGAGUAUACCUUUGUUCUCAAGUUCCGCAUUCAAAAGGAGGGCGAAGAGGAUUACAUGGUGCGCAGUCACAGCAGCCAUUUUAUGGGCCGAUCUGUCAACGCUGAAAUCAACCUUGACCCGGGCCGCUAUCAUGUUCUGAUGAAGGUCACCGCAUUCCGAAACGAGGAGGUUGAGCCGACUGAGGAGAUUGUUCGCCGUCUCGCCUCAACUAGAAGGGAGAAACUAGUACAGGUUGGUCUCUCGUAUGACUUGGCCCACGCGAAGGGCCUGGUAGGUGAGACAGAGCAGGAACGCUACGAGCAAGAGAGGAAGAAAGCUCGCGAGCGCAAGAAGCUCCGUGAUGAAACCAAGAAAAGACUGCAAAAGGAAUGGAUUCGUGAGCGCAAAAUGGCUGCAAGAGAACAGCGCAUGGCAGCCCGUCAGAAUGGCCCUAUGAACAAUGGCCCGGUGAACGGCCCGAUGCCCUCGCAGAUCACCCAGAUCCUAGGCGAGAAGCCCACUGCAUCCCCUACAGAGAGCAUAUCCAGUGAUGGUAGUGAGCGGCGCCCGACUCCCAACAGCUCGGUGCCAACUAUCCAGUUCAAUGGGUUGCAUGCUAGACAUGCAUCCAGUGGUCCCCGUCCUAGGCGGACGGACUCGCCACGACCAAGCCUGAAUACACGUCUGGCUACUGAUAAUUUGGACCUCAGCGACUUGGAGCUGUUGGAAGGAUUUGAAUUUGACAGUGAUCUCGACAUGCCACCUGACGAAGCAGACAACAAAUCUGCCAACCGGAUGCCUGAGAUUGAGGGACCUGCUGCCGAUCCAUGGAAUGCAGUAUGUGUGGUUGGUCUGCGUGUCUACUCCAAGGACCCCAAGCUCAGCCUUGAGGUCAUGCAACCGGUGCCGGAUGACGAUACGGAGGCUCCUCUGGACAUUGAUGACCCAGCUGCGUCUGCGACCCUCGAGAAAUCCUUUUGGAACCAUUCUCAUACAUUUGCAUGA